GUUCCUCCUUAUGGUAUCAGUUUUUUUCCUAGGUCGUAAGUACAUUAUUUUGCACAUUCGAUCGAUUUCAUUGUAUUCGAAUACCUACCUUUUCGCCUCUAACCAGAUAUUUCUUUUCAUUCUCUCAUUUUUUAAUUUUUUUUUAAAAGUUGGGAGUAUGGCCGAAGCUGACAAUCACUCAUUUGCCAUGAACUGGAAUGCUUGCUACGAUUCUUCAGUAACAUUUUCAAAGUUGUACUUCCUCUUCUUUAUUGGUUCAGGCUAUUCUUUGAUGAUGAUUUCUCUCAGGAAGGCAGGUGUACCACUCGUACGCAAACCUUCUGGCGCUUGCGAUACGUUCUUCUUCGUGAGCGAUUGGAUUUUAAUUGUCUUCACCGUCUUUACCCCAAUCGUUUGGGCGGUUGCACCAGGGCCAGCGAAUACGAUGUUCAUUGUAACACAGUCUGUGGCUGCGAUAGUUGGUAUUCCUCGCCUCUACACGAAUCUUGGCCCCUCGAAACUGCAUCUUGUCGUAGGAACUGCGUCUCAAUUGGUUGCUGUGGUUGGAGCCGUUCCGGUCGACAUGGUGUUGACGGCUAGUGGAAAUCAGUAUUGGCAUGUUGUUCUGGCCUUUACAUUCGUAUUGGAUGAAUUCGGUAUCGCCUACUGCAUCUACAAAGUGCUGGAUCCAAAAGCACCAGAGGCCGGAAGAGGAGAAAAUGCACCUUUGAUUUGAUUGGAUUAUACUUCAUGGUAGUGACCCAUCGAAAUAAUUUAUGUUACGUGUU